AUGAAUCCGGAGCAACUGGGCGUUAAGUCAUUGAAGCCCCGACUGAGCAAUGUUUUGAAGGACCAGAUCUUGCUUCAGCUCCCUAGUCUCAAUGAUGUGGAGUCAGAAAUUUUCGCUUGUAAGACUCAGCUCCAACGGCUUGGAUCACCUCGUACGACUGCUGGAGAACGACGCCGGUAUCUGUUGCAAGUAAGCCGCGAAUUCUCCUUGCUCAUGAAGGCCGCAGUUGACGGGGAGUACAAUCAUCCUUUUUUUGGCACGUCCAAAUCGGAGGAUGGAUAUCGAAAGCGUCUAAGAGCGCGCGUACAGAAUACUUUGACCGAGUUCGAACAGGAGAUGCGAGUAAAUGGCCAGGACCGAGUCAUCGUCGAUUCGCCGCCAACAGACGGCGAAGACAUAAGACCUUGA